AUCAGACACGUCGUAGCCGGUUGAUAGCAUUGCUUAUCCUUUCCCAUCAGGAGAAACUACAAAAUGUUGCGAGUUGGAGUGUACUGUUUUAUCUUGUCUACUAUCUUAUCGUUUUUGUGCAAUGCUAAACAAGACAGCAUUAAUGCAGAUUUAGUAAAUUCUAAAGUGGAUAGGAAGAUAGACGUUGCAUCUCACCUAGUGAAAACGUCAACAUCAAUCACGAUUGAAAACAAGGGGAAAUCGGCUGCUUCUUCGUAUUUGUACACUAUCGAGCCAAACCUACGGAGCAAACUUGCCUUCAUAUCAGCAUCGGUAAAAGAUGGAGACAAGAAACUGAAGGUUCUGUCUACGUCUGUCUCCAGUUUGAAGGAUCAUGAAGUGUACAGAGUGUCUCUAAGUCCUGCUCUGGAGGGUGGUAAAUCUGUGACCAUUGAUGUGGAGACCGUGUUCAGUCAUGCACUUCGUCCGUUCCCUGCUGAAAUAACCCAGGCAGAGAAGCAGCUGGUGGUGUAUGAAAGCAACCUUUAUUUUUACUCCCCAUACAAAACCACAACUCAGACCUCUCUUGUCAACCUGGCAUCGUCCAACAUCGAAUCAUACACUAAGACAAAGCCAGUCUCGAACAGUGACAAUACUAUCACCUAUGGACCAUAUGAAAACAAAGAUGCUUUUGCCCAGGAUAAUUUACGGGUGCACUAUGAGAACAACUCUCCAUUUUUGACAGUGACGAGCAUGCUCCGUGUGAUAGAGGUGUCACACUGGGGUAAUGUGGCUGUUGAGGAGCAUAUCGAGAUGCGCCACUCCGGGGCAACGCUGAAAGGAUCAUUCUCCAGAUAUGACUAUCAGAGAAACCAGGAUGGAGCUGCUUCUAUCAAGUCAUUCAAAACCAUUUUGCCAUCAUCAGCCAGAGAUUCCUAUUAUCGGGAUGAAAUUGGUAACAUCUCCACAAGUCAUCUUCGUGAAAUGGAAGAUUCUGUUGAGCUGGAAUUACGUCCAAGAUUCCCCCUGUUUGGAGGUUGGAAGACCAAGUACUAUAUUGGUUACAAUGUUCCAAGUUACGAGUACCUCUUCAACAAAGGUGAUGACUAUGUGUUGAAGAUGAGGGUGGUAGACCAUGUGUAUGAUGAUCAGCUGAUUGAUCAGCUCACCCUAAAAAUCAUCUUGCCCGAAGGAGCCAAGUCACCCACAUUGAAGCCACCCUAUGAGCUCUCGCAGCAAGAUUAUGAGCUUCACCACACCUACCUGGAUACAGUGGGUAGAACAGUUAUUGUGGCUACCAAGUCUAACCUGGUAGAGGCUCAUAUCCAAGACUUUGAGCUCCACUACACAUUCCAGAAGAUGUUUUUGCUUCAGGAGCCAUUCCUGGUUGUCGGAGCUUUUUAUCUCCUAUUCCUCUUGGUUAUCAUCUACGUUCGUCUGGAUUUCUCCAUCACAAAGGAUGAGCUGAAGGAGAGUCGCAUGAGAGUUGCUGGUAUUUUGGAGGAGGUACAAAGUGCCCAGGAUAAGCGUAGUGCUCUCUACCAGACGUAUGAUGAUGCUAUCAACAGGUUCAAGGCUAGCAAGGACAGUGGAAGUUUCCUAACAAGUCGCAAAAAGAUUGAUGUCAAUUACAAACAGCUGACUAAGCAAAUUGAGGAUCUGCUUACUCAGCUCAAGAUGGAGUCCACUGAUGCUGCUGAGAAGGUUGCAGAGCUACAGAGGUAUGACCAGCAGUAUAGGGAGCAGAUAAACCAGGCCAUCACCUAUGCUGAGAAACUAGUGGCCAAUAAAAUGAGCAAGCCUCAGUACAUUGAUUCGGAAACUGCCACAGAAAGUAAACGUAAAGAUAUUAACUCAAAAUUAGAAGCUCUGCUGGAAAAUUUAUAAAAUAGUUGUUUACAUGGGAGAUAAAGCUUUCUAAAUCGCUAACAUUUCUGUGAAUGUUGUAGCAGUCAGUACCUGUACAUUGAAAUUUAUCAUUCAUUUGUCUUUUGAAUUCAUGUACUAAAUUUGGGAAUAUGUCUGGAAUGUGCUCAAAUGCUUCAUUUAUGUCAAUAUCUCCUGGUCAUUAUAAAUGACAUACAAUAAAUCUUAUAGUAAUUAAGAAAAAAG